AUGACUCCUCCGUCCUCUCCGACACCGGUUCCGGUGAUGAUCGAUUUGAUCUUCCCCGCCACGGUCCCCACCAAUAUUUCUUCCCUUCUGCAACAAACCACCCCAACAUAUCAAUCCGCUCAAGAUGGCCGCCAGACAAUCACCUUUCAAUCUAUCGACAUGCGCGCGCAAGAAUAUCUUGCAAUUGCAGCCCUACCGGUGUGCCAGAGAGUGAGUUCACAGCCCCGUCGCCCCGCGCCGAUUGAGUUGAGUCAUCGGAACAAAAGAUUAACCUACCAUAUCAGUGACUACAAGGACGACGGCACGAAUAUCCUGCUAGACGCGAACGAGAAUGCCUAUGGACCCGGUCUCGCCUUGAACUCUGAGGGCGCGCUCCAAGAAUCCACGGCGACGGGAGGCUCGACUGGAUCGUCGAAACCCGAUAUCGAUCUGUUGGGAUUGAACCGAUACCCGGAUCCUCACCAGAUCGAGUUGAAACAGCUAUUCUGCCAAUUCCGCAACACCCACCACCACACCCAGAAGACCCUACGACCGGAGAACCUCUUCGUCGGCGUCGGCUCCGACGAGGCCAUCGACGCCCUGCUGCGAUGUUUUUGCGUCCCAGGGAAAGAUAAGAUCCUCACCUGCCCUCCGACGUACGGCAUGUACGGCGUCAGCGCGCAGGUUAACGACGUCGAGAUCGUCAAGGUGCCACUAGACGUGAACAACGGAUUCCAGCUACAAGCGGAGAAGAUUAACGAGACGCUGGCGGCCGACCCCUCCAUCAAGAUGGCCUACAUCUGCUCCCCGGGCAACCCGACGGCGAACCUGAUCAGGAAGGCGGAUAUCCAGAAGGUGCUGGAGCACCCGACGUGGAACGGCGUGGUGGUGGUCGACGAGGCGUAUAUCGAUUUCGCGCCGGAGGGGUCCAGUCUGGCCGAGUGGGUGAACGAGUGGCCGAACCUGGUCGUGAUGCAGACGCUCAGCAAGGCAUUCGGGCUGGCGGGUAUCCGACUCGGCGUGGCCUUCACGAGUCCCCCCAUCGCGACGCUCCUGAACAGCCUCAAGGCCCCUUAUAAUAUCUCCAGUCCCACCAGCGCCCUGGCCACUGCUGCUCUGUCGGAGACGAACAUGGCCGUGAUGCGUCGGUACCGGGAGCAGAUCAUCGCGCAGCGCGAGCGGCUGGUGCGCGAGCUGCCGAAGAUCCCAGGCGUAGGGCGCUUCCUGGGCGGACAGGAGUCGAACUUCCUGCUGGUGGAGCUGUUGGAUAAGAGCGGGAAGGCGAGCAACGAGAUCGCGUUGGGCGCGUACGAGGCGAUGGCGGAGAAGCGGGGCGUGGUGGUACGGUUCCGCGGCAAGGAGCUGGGCUGCGAGGGAUGUUUGCGCAUCACGGUCGGCACCGAGGCGGAGGUGACCAGGUUCUUGCAGGAGAUCCGGGUGGUGCUGGGGGGGUUGUUGAACGGGGCGGGUAUUCAGUCGUUGAGGUAG